AUACAUGUAAUUGAGAUUGUUACCUACUCUUAUCUUCAUUGUAUGUAUAUAGUUUACUUAUUAUUAUAAUGGUUCAUGAAGACCAGGGCGAUGAGAUCUAUUAUCUAUUAUCAUCUCUCAUUAUUAUAAAUCACAAAACAACCAUUAUUGAUCUCUUUUAAUUUCUUGUUCCUUUUGGAUAUGGAUUUUAUUCACAAUUUCUUGAAUUUAUUUCUGCCCACUAUUUCAGUUAUUGCUAUUAUUUUAUUUCUACCACCUUUUCUGUUCUACAAGUUAUUCAAGUCCUUCUUCAUCAAAAUAUUUAUUCCAACCCAAAACUUGGCUGGAAAAGUCGUCCUCAUCACAGGUGCCUCCUCAGGAAUCGGUGAGAACUUGGCUUAUGAGUAUGCAAGGAGGGGAGCCAAUCUGGCCCUGGCAGCCAGAAGAGAGAAUAGGCUGAAGAGGGUGGCCGAUGAAGCUAUCCGGCUAGGAUCGCCGGACGCAAUUGUGAUCCGAGCAGAUGUUAAGGAAAUUGAAGAUUGUAAAGCACUUGUUGAAGAUACAGUGAACCACUUUGGACAAUUGGAUUAUUUGGUAAAUAAUGCUGGAGUUGUACAACUGAGCCUGUUUGAAGAUUCCACCGAUCAAUUCUCAACAAUCAGAUCAAUUAUGGACAUAAAUUUUUGGGGUUCAGUGUAUUGUACCCAAUUUGCAAUUCCACAUCUAAGAAAAACCAAAGGAAAGAUAGUGGUUAAUUCUUCAUCUGCUUCAUGGUUUUCAACACCAAGAAUGAGCAUCUACAAUGCUAGUAAGGCAGCCCAACUAUCCUUUUUUGAGACAUUAAAAGCUGAAUUUGGUUCUGAUAUUGGAGUAACAAUUGUAACACCUGGGUUGAUUGAGUCAGAAAUGACAGGAGACCAAUUUUGGUCAAAGUCUAGAAUUAAAGGUGUCCCAGUUGAGUCAGGUGAAAGGUGUGCCAAGGCUAUUGUGGAAAGUGCUUGUAGAGGAGAUAUGUACUUGAUUGAGCCAUCUUGGUGUAGAGUUGGAUAUUGGUUCAAAUUCUUUUUUCCUCAAUUAGUUGAGAAAUGCUUCCACUUGACCUUAAUUCAUAGACCAUGGAAACGUGAAUGAAAGAUCAUUAGCUGGGAUUUGAUCAAAGCCUCUACCAUUUAAAAUCUCUGAAUUUAUGGCCUAUGAGGAUUAACUUAAUGGGCUAAAUGAAAUUUAGAAUAUUGCUUUGGUAUAUGUUAUGAUUUUAUUAAGGGUAUAUGGUUUUCGUUUUGUAAUAAUUGAAGAAUGUAGAUUAAUUUGUAUCAUGUAAAAUCUGGUAUGUUUGUUAUGUUUUUUGUUUUCAAUAGUAUGUUUUUAUUUUAUGAUACUACUUAUAUAUACAAAUAACAUAAUUUUUUUUCACAUUAUUCCAUCC